CAUGGCACUUCGCGUGUCGUCAUGCGGCAACGCUUUAUGCCGUCCCCCUCCACCUCCUCGUCCUCCCUGCCGCCUUCUCAGCCCCGCCCUGCGUCGGAAUGCCCGAGCACCGUUCAAGUCGUUACGCAAGACUUGUACGUCCUCCCGAUCCCGGAGCGCCUGCGCUACCGCGAGGGCCGGACGUUCGAGCUCGGCGUCGUGCUCUAUCUUACGCUCGGCUUCUCGAGCACAUUCACUGUGACGAAUCUCUAUUGGUGCCAGCCGCUGCUCAUCGAGCUGGCGCAGGAUUUCAGGGUGUCGUACUCGAAGAUCUCAGAGGUCCCGACGCUGCUGCAAGCAGGAUAUGCCUGCGGAGUAGUCUUCAUUUCGCCGCUGGGGGAUCUCGUCCGCCGACGCCAGCUCAUCCUCUUGUGCCUGCUUGUUUCCACGCUGUUGACCGUGGGCCUGAGCGUCACCACAAACUUCCUCCUCUUCGAGGCCCUGUCCUUCCUGACAGCCGCGGCCUCGAUUAUCACCACGCUGCUGCAGCCGCUCGUCGCGGACAUCGCCCCGGCCCACCGGCGCGCAACGGCGCUCUCGGUCGUGAUAUCCGGGCUGCUCCUCGGCGUGCUCGUCGCGCGCGUUCUCGCCGGCGUUCUCGGGCAACUCUCGGCUGCCGGUUGGCGCGGCGCUUACUAUGUCGGAAUCGCCACCCAAGCCGCGGCCCUCCUCGCGAACUACCUCUUGCUCCCGGACUACCCCGCAAAGGCCGUGGAUGGGCUGACGUAUUGGCGCAUUCUGCGGACGAUGGCGCGAUACGCGUUUACGGAGCCCGCACUGCUGCAGGCCUGCGCGGUUAAUUUCUGCACAAGCGCGGCCUUUACGAGCUUCUGGGUCACGCUCACGUUCCUCCUCGGCGGGCCGAUAUACGGAUACACCACAUUAGACAUCGGGCUCUUCGGCCUCGUCGGCAUGGCCGGCGUGCUGCUCGGGCCGGCGCUCGGACGUGGGAUUGAUGCGCUUGUGGCGUGGUACGCAGUGCUCAUCGCGAUUGUCGGGUUUGCGCUGUUCAACGUGAUACAAAUGGCCGCGGGCGGGCUCAGCAUCGCCGCGGUCGUCGUCGUCGCGUUUGGCCUGAACCUUUUUCGGCAGAUGGUGCAGGCGAGCCUCGCCACGACUGUGUUAAGUAUCUCCGUGGAUGCACGCGGGCGGCUGAACGCGAUCAACGUGCUGUCUAUAUUCCUGGGCCAGGUUACCGGCACUGCUGCGGGCACAAAUAUCUACCUCGCGCACGGCUGGCGUCUCUGCGCGGCGUUCUCUGUCGGGCUGUGUGCUGCGCAGUUGCUCGUCCUAGGCGCCCGCGGGCCACAUUGUUCGCGGCACACGUGGUUUGGGUGGGAGCGCGGGUGGGCACCGGUGCGGAGCCGGCACGCAGAGCUGGACGAGGCGGUCGAUGAGGAGACCAUUAACAGGGCCCCGGAGAAAACCACGGAGCCUGAGUCCGAACGGCAGGCCCCAGGGCCGGCCGGACGACGGCUCGGGGCUCGGAGCCGAACGCUUUGA